AUGCUUUGCUCACCAAUCUCGUGGCCCAGCCGCAGCCUCAUCUUAUUCGUCUCCCUCUCCUUUACCACGACCGUCCUCGGAGUCAAUAAAGAGCGAUCGCUCUCAGAGCUGUCUUCUGCUACCAACGUCACAGCCGCAAUACCCUUCUACUCUCUACCAACCACAUACCCGCUCUCCCUGACACCGCAGAACCCGACCAUCGAGAACCAGAUCCGAAACACCCUCGCGCACUACCCGCUCGCGAUCGACGGCAAGAACUUCGCGGCCCUAGACCUCGUCUUCACCCAACAUGUUGUCGCCAAUUACUCCGAACCCUUGGGCGUUCUGACGGGUCUGCCUGCGGUUGUUUCGGCGCUAGAAUCAAGCUUGUCGCCGGUCGGAACGCAGCAUGCAUUUAGUACGCAGGUCAUUGAGAUCUUGGCGGGUGAGGUUGAGGCGAGGACGUAUUAUACCGCGUCACAUUUUGGGCAGGGGGACUACUAUGGUCAGGUGCUCUACGCGUAUGGCCAAUACCAGGAUGACUAG